AGCUGGGUGUAGCCCACGCUUCCUGCAGCUCAGGUGAGGGAUUUCUGUCUCUGUGGGGCUCCUGGUAGGGGAAAUCUUUGGGGGGUCACCUGCUCUGCCCCGCAGCCUGUGAGGAGCACUGGCACUGCCCAAGGCGAUGCUGGCUGGGCUCAUGCAACUCAUGUUUGACUGACCCCAUGCCUUCCUCCCAUAGUGGCUCACAGAUGUGCUUCCUAUCGGGCUGCAACCACCCCAGUUUUGCCUUCCAAUGGAGGACCCUCCUGGCUCAUCUCGUGGCUCUGCACCUCCUCCAUCUGGGAUCAGCCCAGCUCACAGUGGUGGCACCGAGCCUCCCUGUCACUGCCGUCGUGGGACAGGACGUCGUGCUGCGCUGCUACUUGUCCCCUUGCAAGGAUGCUUGGAGCUCAGACAUCAGAUGGAUCCAGCACCAGUCCUCUGGCCUUGUGCACCACUACCAAAGUGGGGUGGAUCUGGAGCAGAUGGAGGAGUAUAAAGGGAGGACAGAACUGCUCAGGGAUGGUCUCUCUGAUGGAAACCUGGAUCUGCGCAUCACUGCUGUGAGACCCUCUGAUAGUGGCUCCUACAGCUGUGCUGUGGAAGAUGGUGAUGGCUAUGCAGAAGCUGUGGUGAACCUGGAGGUGUCAGAUCCCUUUUCCAAGAUUGUCCAUUCCUGGAAGGUGGCUCUGGGUGUGGUUGUCACACUUCUGGUUGGGUUAUUUGUUGUCAUCAUUGUUUUUCUCCAUAGAAAGCGAGCGGCACAGAGCAAAGAGCUGAAGAGAAAAGAUGCAGCACUGGCGCAACUAGUUGAGAUAUCAGGUGACUCUCCCACAACAUUUUUUUUUUAAAUGCUCUGCCUGUGG